AUGGAGCGGACAAAGAAUCUUGAAGGUCUUGCAAAAAAGUUGAAAGAAUUUAUUGGUGAAAACAAUUCUGAUAAUCCUUCAAAAGUUAUUUUAGAAAAUCUCACAGACGGUUUAGAGAGAUUCUUGGGAUACGAUAAAGAGUCCAAAGGCUACGACGGCACUGGCAUCGUGUACUCGGACCUUGACAGGCUCUGCGACGGGGUGAUGUCUUUCCUUCAUGGAGUUUUAAAUGAAGUUCAUAGAAAUGAUAAUCUUUCGCCUUAUAAAAAGGCAUUAAAUGAAACUGUAACACUUUUAGAAAGCAAGCGCUAUGAAGGCAAAACAGGUUUGCAGUCUGUGAUUGACCAUGUCAAGCAGGGGAUUGGUCAGUGGUUGGGGAUGGUUAGAAACCAAGGUAAUGCAAUUCCCGGUCAUUUAAAUAAGCUUGAUAAUGAAUAUCUCGCACCCAUAAAAUCCAGAAUUGAAUCCAUGGGCGACCAGGAAUAUGACACUAAAAAAGAUGUAUUGGCGACAUGGGUAAACGAAACGAAUGUGCUCUCCAUGUACGGUGAUUAUGCUUAUAGCGCACUGGCACCUUUAGACCAAAACCUCCAAAAAGAAUUAUCUCCACACGUCUCCCUAAUUAAAGACAGAGUGGAGACUUUCGUGGACUCCACUAAAAAGGAUCACGAGGGGCUUGUUAAGGUGUGUGAGAAGGUGGAUGAAAAGAUGAGUGAGAUUAUUAAAAAUUCGGAAAGCGUGUCAGGAAAUGCCGCAAAUAAAAUCGAUAGUUUGACAACGUUUCUGAAAGGUGAAAUUAACACGCUUCACGAGCAUAUUAAGAAAGUUGUGCCAGGUGUCAAAAAGGCUAUCGAGGAGUUGGAAAAGUGGCUUAAAAACGAUAAUGGUUCAAACCUUCACAAUGCUUUGCAGAAGUGCGAUGCUGUAGUGAAGGCGCUGGAUGAAAAUGCUAACUCCGAUUUGAAAAGGCAAUUCACGUCGAUUGAGGAAGCUAGAUCGACAGUUCAAAGUGUUCAUGGAGAGCUUGGCGGAAUUGACAGUUCCUUGAGUUCGUGGAUUCAGAAGGCGGAGCAGACGAUGCAGAAUGCACUAUUGAAGGCUAAACAGAUUUUUGAUAAAGUUCAAGAGACUAGUACGCUAAACAUAACUCACGCAAUUAGCGACUUAAAGCAAAAAACGCAAGAGCAUUUUUUCAACUUGAAACAAGAAGAACUUAAGGGAUACGCCAGCGAGGCCACUGAGCAUCUUAAUAAGAUGGUGGAUGCGGUUGAGAGCUUGGUGGAUGAGAAACUGGCGGAUGCGUUUGACAAAUACAAACUUUGGGUGGAAAACGGUGUCGUAACGGGGAGCCGUGGUAAUCAAAUGACAUCCCAAAUUCGUCAAUUGCCAAAUGUUAUCCAGUCUCUCAAGGAGAUGUCAAAUACCGUAAAGCAGGCUGCGCAAAGUGUUGAGCAGAACAGUGCAGUACGAUCUACUCCGUUUUAUCCUUAUACACUUCCUCUUUCAGGCCCAUCACCGUUACAGACGUCACUUACUGACUUGGAGCAAAAUGUGCAAGCAGUUCAGUCGAUUGAAGCUGAGGUUCGAAGUCUACAAAUGCAACGCACAGGGCAGCCCACUGCAGCCAAUGUCAGUUCCUCGCAUCUCAACACGCUGUCCACUCUUGCCUCUACAACACGAAAAGUCGUAAACGAUAUUGUCGCCGUCUUGAAGGACCGAAUCCGAAGUGGCGUGAUGAGCAUUGGUAGGUUGACCAUUAGUUCAGAUUUAAGUAAAUCAACUAUUACAUUUCAUGGUUCUCUACAAAACGCUGUGGGAAUCGCCCAGUCACUUUAUAGCCAACUCCAGUCGAUUAAUGGACGCCUUCCUUCUCGUAACGGAACUGUAAGUAAUAACUUAAGUGUUAUUCAAAAUGUGUCACAAGACCUCGGCGGUUUGGUGCAAAAUGUUCAGCGGCUGAGCACAGCAUUCAAUGAUCAAAAAUCCCUGUUUAGCAAGUUUGAUAAUAAUGUAUCUACGCCCUUCAACAAAAUUGUACAAGACGUCAGGAACGCUGCUGGACAGGACCAGACGAAUGGUCUUCAGUCAACUUUGCAAACGUUCAAGGAAACUACUAUUCAAGGCAAUGAUUCCACGGAUAAACUAGGUAAAAUUAGGACUGAUAUUCACAGCCAGAUGAGUCAGUUGUUUCCCAAGAUUUCUGCCAUAAACUCAGCCGUCGAAGCAAUUAAGUCACAGCUUUCCAAAAUAUCCAAAAUGGUGAAAAAAGGAAGCGAAAAAGAGACAAUUAACGGUUUUCUCGAAUCACUCAAGGGAGAGAUCUCUUCUCUUAAACAGUCUCUCACAGAUUUAAAAGCAGGUGACUUGACAUCGAUGAUUGCCAACGUUCAACAUGAAUUUGAUGAAGCCAAAAAAUUCAUCGUAAAGUACAUUCAAAGCACUUGUAAUGAAGCUAUUAGUAAUGCUAAGGUUGCUGGAAAAGAAAUCAAACGCCAAGCCCUCUCCCAGUUCGCCGCGUCCAAGGCCCGCGCGCUCGAGCAGCUCAAGGCGCUGGUGGAAGAACAAAACGAGAUAAUUCAGAAUAAAAUUCAUAUAGACACCGAAACGGGAUUAAAAGGAUUCAUGAAAUUGUUUAAUACCAACUUUAUCCCGAAGAUUGAAGAGAUUGGAGGCAUUAAGCCUAAUUCCUUUACACCAGAAAAGUCUCCGCUGAACCAAGCUGCCGAAAAAGUAUGCGUCGGCUUCGAGAUGUUUUUCAAAAAUUUGGAAAAACAAAGAAAGGAGUUCGAAGAUUUCCCACCAGGCGUCAUUCAGCCUGACGCCAUGCUCCCUGAGGUGUCCAAAUAUGAGAGUGUAACUAACGCCCUGCUGAAACUUCUUGAAGGACUUCAUACAUCCAAACACUUCGACCACAAUUUCAGUGAUCACCUUAAAUCCCUCAACAAUGCAUUAUCUACAUUCUCCCCCGCCAAAUUCACUGACUCCUCCAGUCCCAUCCUGCAAGCGCUCAAGGACGGAAUCGGCGCCCUGGCCCAGCAACUCGGCUACGCAUAUGUAAGCGCGUACUGCUGUAAGAAGUUUGACGGUGCGUUGCUUGAUCCUCAGGAUCCUCCUAAGACGUCAGACGACAAACGCAAAUUGACUGAGUACGGCAAGAAGCUGUCUAAGGUUUUCAUGACCUGUCUCCCUGAUUGGGGUAAACAUCUCGAUUGGCUGAGGAGGCAUUGUGAUCAGCAGCCGAAAAAAGGCCCAUGGAAUGGUCUGCAGAUUACUAAAUUAAAAAAUAAUCCCCUCGGACUCUGGUUUGACUCCCGAGGCUACCGUGUUUCCACAGGCCGGGACAAUCGGGACGGGGAGUUGCGGAACACAGAAAAAUGCAUUGGCAAUCAUAUUCAUGGUUUCCUCGUCGACAACCGGAAAGACCAAAAACGUCUCUACAGAAACGAUGAUGAAAAGCAAGAUCCCGGCACACUUAGGGAGGUCCGUCAUCAUGAGCACUUUGACUCACCAAAGCCUCCAACGACAGUAUCUCAUAUGCUGCAGUGGAUUACCGGACUGACGUAUAAUCCCAUGCUUGAAAAACUCGACUCACAUUUUACCACAAUGUUUCAAGGCCUGAAAAAAGCGUAUAAAUUAGACAAUCCGCACAUAGCUAUCACUAAGCCGUUCAGACUAAACCUCGGUGCCAACGAGGACAUUGUCGGAUCCGGCCACUUAAACGCUGUACUUCGCAGGGUUUGCGAAACGGCCGAAACUGUGUUAAUUUCCUUGCAGGGCCACGGCCACGCGGCUGGCCGCUACGCCUGUGAGUACAGUAGUAACGUAGAUAAACUGGACUAUACAACUAGCCCAUCUAGGUGUUUCGAUUUGCUAUGCGAAAUAUGCCUUAAAUUACACGAUCAGCUUAACUUCCUUUAUAGGCAUUGUUCUCAUCCAAGUAAACUCGGUGGGUGGCAAGACUGCUGGUAUGGCAACGGCGUCGCUGGUACAAGUUGGCAGUGCAAUAACUUGCAAUGCCCAGACCAACCAUACAACCAAGAGGGCAACCAAACACAUAGGCAAAGCUGCAACCAAAGCUGUAACCAAAGUGCUGACUGCGGUCUCAAGUCGCCGCUUCAAUCAUACUUAGAAGAUGGUCUCCCUGGUUUCCUUCCACACCACCUUAAAAAGCUUGGUUGUGGAGUGGAAUGUUCCCUCGGUAAGCAUAGGGGUUACCAUGCCUAA